GAAACGCUCUUAAAACUUACUGGGUAACGGAAAUUCUCACUCGACGCGUAAAAUCGAAAAAUCAAUCAUUGCUAGGGUUUUUUCAUUUUAUCAUUUUGAAAUAAGUUCUCUGUAAUUCGCCCUCGAAACAUUCCGAUUCCGGAAUGGGAGCGAGUCGCAAGCUUCAAGGAGAAAUCGAUCGUGUUCUGAAGAAGGUCCAGGAAGGCGUUGAUGUCUUCGAUAGCAUCUGGAACAAGGUUUAUGAUACUGAUAAUGCGAAUCAGAAGGAAAAGUUUGAGGCAGACUUGAAGAAGGAAAUCAAAAAGCUGCAAAGGUACAGGGACCAGAUCAAGACAUGGAUUCAGUCCAGUGAGAUCAAGGAUAAAAAAGUUAGUGCAUCUUAUGAGCAGGCCCUGGUGGAUGCUCGGAAACAAAUUGAGCGUGAAAUGGAAAGAUUUAAGAUAUGUGAAAAAGAGACUAAGACAAAAGCAUUCUCUAAAGAAGGCUUGGGUCAACAGCCUAAAACUGAUCCAAAGGAGAAGGCUAAAUCAGAGACAAGGGAUUGGUUGAACAAUGUGGUUGGAGAGUUGGAAUCCCAGAUUGAUAGUUUUGAAGCUGAGAUUGAAGGGCUUUCUGUGAAGAAAGGGAAGACAAAACCACCUAGACUGACACACUUGGAGACAUCAAUUACCCGGCACAAAGCUCAUAUAAUGAAGUUAGAAUUGAUUUUGAGAUUAUUGGAUAAUGAUGAAUUGAGUCCAGAGCAGGUCAAUGAUGUGAAAGACUUCUUGGACGAUUAUGUUGAACGUAAUCAGGAGGACUUUGAUGAAUUUAGUGAUGUUGAUGAGCUCUACAACUCUUUAGCUUUAGACAAGGUGGAUGCUCUUGAAGAUCUGGUUGCUAUUGGUCCUCUUUCCAAGGCUGCACCGAUUCUUGGAUUGAAGCCAUCUUUGGCAUCAUCAACAUCUCAAGGGCCGCAGGUUAGUUCCUCCCUGGAGCAUGCAGAAGAUUCAGCUUCCCAGGAUAGUAAUUCUGAUAUAGCAAGGACUCCACCUUCAAAAAGUUGCGCAAUUACUUCUGCUACAGCAACACCGAGUGGAAGCCAUCCAAUCCCUGCUCCACUGAAUCUUUCACCUCAUAGUUUGUCUGGUGCUUCAACGCCUCCAAUUGUUCUUCCGGGUUCAAGUUCUGCUCGAAGUGUUUUGGAAAACACAGGCACCACCAAUCCGUCAUCUCCUGUAAAUUUGCCAAAUGCUACAAAAGAAGAAGAUAUCACAAGCUUCCCUGGCCGUAGGCCUUCUCCAUCUCUUACUGAUACUGGAGUACGAGGCAUUGCUAGAGGAGGCCUCUCAGGUCAGCCUUCAUCUAGUAUUCCCCUUGUUUCUGGAAGUGUGGCUUCUGGCAAUGGAGCCCUUGGUGCGGUCCCUUCAGUCUCUGACAUGGCAAAAAGAACUAUUUUGGGGACUGAUGAAAGACCUGGAAACAGUAGCAUGGUGCAAUCUUUGGUAUCCCCUCUUAGUAACAGAAUGAUGUUGCCUCAGACAGCCAAGGCUAAUGAUGGAAGUGCAUCUGUUGAUUCUAGUAAUCCUAGUGAAUCUGCUGGAAUACCCGGCAGAGUUUUUUCCCCUUCAAUGGUUUCUGGUAUGCAGUGGAGGCCUGGAAGCUCCUUUCAGAAUCAAAAUGACCCGGGGCAGUUUCGUGGAAGAACUGAGAUAGCACCUGAUAUGAGGGAAAAAUAUUUGCAACGGCUCCAACAAGUGCAGCAACAAGGCCAUAGCAACCUGCUUGGUGUGCCUCUCGCCGGAGGAAAUCUUAAGCAGUUUUCUGCACAACAAGCCCCACUCAUGCAGCAGUUCAAUUCUCAAAGCUCUUCACUCUCUCUCCAAUCGGGUCUAGGACUUGGUGGCCAAGCACCUGGUUUUAAUAGUGUAACAGCUGCCAGCUUACAGCAGCAACAAAAUCCCAUGCAACAACAGUCUAGUCAACAGGCAUUGGCAACAAGUGUUCCAAAGGAUGGGGAUGUUGGGAAUGCAAAAGUUGAGGAACAACAACCGCACAAUUUACCUGAUGAUUCAAGUUCUGAAGCUGUUCCAACUUCUGGGCUUGCCAAGAAUCUUAUGAACGAGGAUGAGAUGAAAACUCAGUAUGCGAUUGAUUCUCCGGCUGCUGUAUCAGGCUCGUUGACAGAACCUGCUCCAGUUAUUAGGGAUGUUGAUCUUUUUCCUGGGCAACCCUUACAAUCUAACCACUCUUCUAGUGGACUUGGCGUUAUUGGCUGGAGAAGUGUUACUGAUUUUGGUGCCAUUGGUGACAACCUCAGUGGCUCAAUGAAUACUGGAGGAAUGCAUGAUCAACUAUACAAUUUGCAGAUGCUUGAGGCUUCAUACUAUAAAAUUCCCCAACCUAAAGACUCAGAACGUGCUAGGAGCUACACUCCAAAACACCCUGCUGCAACACCUGCUAGCUACCCUCAAGUUCAGGCACCGAUUGUGAAUAAUCCUGCCUUCUGGGAACGCAUAAGCUUAGAUGGGUAUGGCACUGGCACUGAUACACUGUUCUUUGCAUUUUAUUAUCAGCAGAAUACUUACCAACAAUAUCUGGCCGCAAAGGAACUGAAGAAGCAGUCUUGGAGAUACCACAGAAAAUACAACACAUGGUUUCAGCGGCAUGAGGAACCAAAAAUCGCCACUGAUGAAUUUGAACAGGGAACGUAUGUAUACUUUGAUUUUCACAUAGCAAAUGAUGACCACCAACAUGGAUGGUGUCAGAGAAUUAAGACGGAGUUCACAUUUGAGUAUAACUAUCUUGAAGAUGAACUUAUUUGCUGAAACGUAAUGUAAGUUGUGUUUCUGUCACCCCCUGAAAUUUCAUUGCAACUUUUUGGAAAAGCCUCAUGACGAAGAUGAGAUGAGAUGUCAAGCUUUGAUUAGACGAUUCAUUUUCCAAUUAUGCCUUUUUUGUUGGAUAUUAGUUCUGUUGCAAUUCAUUGCAAUGAAAGACAUUGGGAACAUUGGCAGCAGUCUUUGUUAAUCUAUUGGCAUCAUUUGGGUUAUAUUGCAUUUAAACAGAAAAAAAAAUGAAAGACAUUUUAUGGGGAACAUUGGUAUCAAUCUUUGGAUUAGUGAAGAACUUUGGGACCAAAUAGAAUGUGUUUUAACUUUCGGUUUAUAUUUGAUUCCCUAGCUCAAGUGGGUACGGUAUGUAUGAUGUUGAUAAAUUAUUGGACUUUAGCUUGAGGAUACUUGGAGUUUAAAAUAUAGAUAUAGAGAUAUAGAUGUUCAUGCAUUGGAAUAUGAAUGUAGAUUUGGUUUUUGUUUCUAUUUGUUCAGGUUCAGUUUUAAUUGAAUCAGAAAGUUGUAUUAUUUUGUUCAAGGAAGCCUACCAUUGUAACUAAAGACAUCCUUAUUCUUUGAUUUAUAUUCAAGGACUAAAGUAUUCCUUAA